GGUAGAAAGAAUUUAAAACUCGUGGUGCACACACAGUAUUCCACAGUGACUAGCGUUUCACAAAAUGAAGAUCAAUACAUACCUAUUUCAAUUAAGUAUCAUGUUGUGUGGGUUUGGAAGUAAACAUAUAGCAGAAUCGGAUGCCGAGGUUUGUGAUACACCUCUUUUUUGCACAAUUAUGUCUUGGUAUCCCUGGAGUAACUGCGAGCAAAACUGCAGCAGACCAGCAUUACAGCUCAGGAGACGUUAUCUGUGUUUCGAUGACUUAGCUGUUUCUAACCCAACAAGAGAGAAGGUUUUAAGAUAUUGCAAUAUAUCGAAUCAAAUACCAAUGACGGAAAGGCGAACUUGUGAGCGAGUUAACUGCUCAUUAGGGAAAAACAAUACAUCAAUCGCACGUGGAAACUGCAGUUCUUCAAACAACCACCUGGAACUACCUCUUUGGGCUCAGAUCGUUCUGGCAGUGAUAUCAGUGAUAUUACUGGUGACAAUAGGAUGUGUUUGUCGAAAGUGCUGCAUAUACUGGGGGUGUAUCACUGGUAAUAAAGAUGAUGACAAUGAGGGUAGAAGGGGUAGAAAGAAAAUACCAAAGGGCAAAGUUUCAGCGAUUUCCAACACGGAAAUGUCGCCUGUGAAUGUUUAGAACCCAUGCACAUUUGCUGUGCUGUUAUUAAAGAAAAAAUAUUGUUCUCGGUUGCUGCAUGCGUAAUAAAAUAAAAUGUUUGA